AUGGAAGGUCUCCUCGAAGCGUGUCUCACAUCGAAAGGGCAAUUUGAUCAUCGUAUCAAACUCGUUUUGAGAAGCGGGACCCACCCCGCAGUCAAGAGCAACGUCAGUACGCCACUUGUGCCUACUGCACCAUGGGAGAUGGAUAGAGAUAGAAACAACGGAACCGCCUCGGGUGCACGAGAGGGUGCUUACCGUGGGGAUCACUGUUGUUGCUGCUGCUUCUUAGGCCUUUUCUGUGGGUUCCCCCUUUCCAUAUUCACUUUAGAGACACAGGAGAGACAACCAGACAUGGCUGGCAGUAACCAAGUCAAUCUCAAUGAAUCUAGGAGUGUUGUUCCGCUAAAUACUUGGGUGUUAAUCUCGAAUUUCAAGCUGUCUUAUAAGCUUCUUAGACGUGACGAUGGAACGUUCAACCGUGAGUUGGCGGAGUUUCUUGAUAGGAAGGUCCCCGCCAAUGCAAUUCCUGUUGAUGGUGUGUUUUCAAUCGAUCAUGUUGAUAGAAAUGCUGGUUUGUUUUACCGGGUGUAUUUGCCAGUCUCUGGGGACGAGGCUCAAUGGGGUAUCAGAGACCUUGAGAGGCCGCUGAGCGCUACGGAAAUUGUUCCUGUGAUCAUAUUUUUUCACGGGGGAAGCUUCUCGCAUUCCUCAGCAAACAGUGCUAUCUAUGAUACCUUCUGCCGGCGUCUUGUGAGCAUUUGCAAGGCUGCUGUGGUGUCUGUGAACUACCGGCGAUCCCCCGAACAUCGGUAUCCUUGCGCCUAUGAUGAUGGCUGGGCAGCAUUGGAGUGGGUGAAGUCAAGAACAUGGCUACAAAGUGGGAGGGAGUCCAAGGUUCAUGUCUACCUGGCAGGGGACAGUUCUGGUGGGAACAUUGUUCAUCAUGUGGCAGUGAGGGCUGCGGAGGAAGAAAUUGAGGUCCUGGGGAAUAUUCUUCUUCACCCUUUGUUUGGAGGAGAAAAGAGAACGGAAUCCGAAUUGAGAUUGGAUGGGAAAUACUUUGUGAGGCUGAAGGAUCGUGAUUGGUAUUGGAGGGCUUUUCUGCCUGAAGGAGAAAAUAGAGACCAUCCUGCUUGCAACCCCUUUGGACCAAGGGGGAGAAGCCUUGCGGGACUCAAGUUCCCCAAAAGUCUUGUUUGCGUGGCCGGUUUGGAUCUUCUGCAGGAUUGGCAAUUGGCAUAUGCAAAAGGUCUUGAGGAUUCUGGACAACAGGUCAAACUUCUGUAUCUCAAGGAAGCCACUAUUGGCUUCUACUUCUUGCCAAACAAUGACCAUUUCUAUUGCCUCAUGAGUGAAAUCAACAACUUCUUCUGUGACUGGGGACAACUGCUUCCUGUUCUCUCUGUUCGUGUCUUUCGGAAGGUAGCAACAGCUCUGGCAGUACCAGAACUCGGUUCAUUUGGGGAUGGAUUACUUGUCCUUCUUGAAUCGUGGAAAUGGGGGAGGCUGAGUGUUGUUUUGUUCUUCAAUCCUAAGAGCGUGAAGCCUAACCCAUCCACCAAAAGGACAAGAAAAGCUUUCACGCGAAGAAUGAUUGGCAGGAGUCUGUUUGGAGCUUGGGAAAACAGCAAAUACGGGAAUUUGGCAUUGUUUUGA